GAGUGUUACAAGUUCAGCAUUGGCGAUUGCAUGAUUUAUUACGAUGAGCCGUGCGACGCCAAAGACAUCCAAUUCUACCUAUAUUCGGCGACGAGGAGUUCGGUAUCAAUAAGUGUUCUGGAUCCUUUCAAACCUUCUAUACCAUACGAAUUUGAUCCAAAUGUACCGACGAAGAUCGUGGUCCAUGGCUACGGAGGACUAUCCCUCGACUUUGCCACGAAAAACGUGACCGAGGCUUACAGGGAAAUCGGGUACAAUGUCAUCGUCGUUGAUUGGAGCAGAAUAGCGGCGGUUCCAUGUUAUCCAGCAGCUUUCUUGAAUACUUGGCACGUCGGCCAAUGCACCGCAAUCUUAACGGUGAGCCUCUCGAAGAUGGGCAUCAGUCCAGAUCGCAUCCACAUCAUCGGAUUCAGUUUGGGAGCGCACGUAGCGAGCUUCGCGAGUAAUCAUCUGCAGAAGACAUUGGGUGUUCCGUACUCGAGGAUCACAGGUUUGGAUCCGGCUCUACCGUUCUUCGCGACUACAAACAACGAGUGGAAGCUGGAUGCUAGCGACGCUCCUUUCGUUGAUGUUCUUCACACGAACGCUGGAUCUUUUGGGAAACUGGAAGCUAUUGGUCACGUAGACUUUUACAUCAACGGCGGUAGUCUUCAACCCAAUUGUACUAAGAAUUCAUAUCCUCCAUUGUGCAGCCACAUGAUGGCAGGUGCAUAUUUUGCGAGCACCAUAAGGGGUAGAAAACAUUACGGCUUCGAAUGCCCAAGUAUAUUCCAUUAUACUUUGGGUCUAUGCGAAGCGAACAAAGCCAAAGUGCUGAUGGGAGAACACGUAAACAAGAAAUCUCGGGGCAGCUAUUUCGUCGAUAUAUCGGCCAAACUUACGCGCUGCCUCACCAAAUAUCCAUACUCGCGCUGCAUUUUGAAUCAAGCACAUAGACGCUGGCAAAGCCAAUACUUGCACACACAUUUAUCAUUUUUUUGUUGUCGUCGUUACCAUGGAGUGAGCACUAAUUCUACCGAGAAGAAAAUCGUUUAUAUUUUGUAUAGUUUUAAGAGAGACCAAAGAGAAAUCAUGUUUAUUUACGGUUUAUUAGUUAUUUUCGCUGCUGUGCAAGCACAUCAACAGCCACCUUUAACCCUGGUACCGUAUGCACCUGAAAACGGCCAAGACGAUUACCACAUAAUAUUCCCUCCGAUUCGGCAGGAACGACAGGAUACGCUUAGCUUCGGUUCCUGCGUUGUGGCUCUGAACAGGGAAUGUCCGCAUUCGGAUGUACAGUACUUCCUUUACACGCGCGAGCAUCCGGAUAAUCCGGAGCCGAUCAGGAUUGGUGCGGAGGAGGGUAGCUCGAACAUCUCGUCCACAUCCUUCAACCUGAGCCGACCAAUUAAGAUCGUCGUGCACGGUUACAAUUCGGACAUGUACAUAAACGGCCUGGUCGAAAUCAAAAACCAAUACCUCAUUAACGAUGCGUUUAAUGUUUUCGCCGUCGAUUGGAGUCCUAUAGCGCAGGGUCCCUGUUAUCCUGCGGCCGUAUGGAACUCCAGAUUCGCAGGAAGAUGUACCUCGUUGUUGGUGAAGAGGUUGCGCGAUUUGGGCGCAUCUGAUAUACAUGUGAUAGGAUUCAGUUUAGGAGCUCAUGUAGCCGCCUUUAUGGCCAACCAUUUGAAACCGUACAAAGUACCAAGAAUCACAGGACUGGAUCCAGCUCUACCAGGAUUCACAACCAUCGAUAACUUGGCCAAACUCGACGCAUCCGAUGCCGAUUUCGUCGAUGUUCUUCACACAAACGUCUUCGUGCAAGGAAAAGUUGAGCGUUGCGGCCACGUAGAUUUUUACAUGAACGGCGGUAUAGUUCAACCUGGAUGCUGGGCGGAUAACAGGUUCUUCGCCUGUAACCAUCAUCGCGCUCCAUUCUAUUUUGCCGAAUCCAUAAACAGUCCAUUGGGAUUCUACGGUUGGCCUUGCGUAGACUAUUUAUCCUACGUGGUUGGAAGGUGUCCUCCGCAAGAGCCGCAAACUCUUAUGGGAGAGUACAUAGAUAAAGCAAUAAACGGGAUGUACUUGGUGAUAACAGAUUCGGUUUCACCUUUCGCUGUUGGCAAAUUUAAUGGUCCCACCAUAGAUAUUCUUCUGAAACAUUACGAAGGCAAUAGACUCUCCGACUUUGAAAGGUACAAACAAGAGUUGGAUAAUUGCGACGACAAUGGUAACGACAACAUUGUGAAGAAUAUCAAUAGACAGCCUCCACCUCCGUUCAUUGGAGACGAAGCAUACGAUCAUAUUAUUAUAUAA